AUGGGUCGUCUGAGCAGAAACCCUUCCCGGCAAGAGCCCGUAGAGGAGCAGACUGGUAUUGAGAUCAAGCGUGAGGAGUCAGUGAAUGGUGGUGACCCGACAGAGGAGCCACUCCACGCCCGCGCCCGCGUAGCUGCCAUCAAGCACGAAAACUCUGCCAGUCCUUCCGAGUCACCCAACUCCGACACCUUUCGACACAAAGAAUCGCGUGCGUCGUCCACCUCGACAUCAUCGUCCCCCCGACCCCCAGCCACGGACCCGGACAACAGCCGAGUGAGUGCCAAGAAGGAGCUGGAGGAGGCGGAUGCAAACGGUCACACUUCCACCUCCACCUCGCCUGUCAAGCCUGAAGCAAAAGAACCCUCGAAGCCCGCGAAGUCCGCCAGAGGAGCGGCCUCCAAACUCCCUCCCCGUAUCGCGCCUCUGCUCAAUCACCUCCCAGACGCUACUGAAGAAGCUACCUCCACCUUCACCGUCAUCGAUAGCUGCACCUAUCAAAAUAAAUUCCUAGGUUUCAGUGAACAUGCUCUGGACUGUGACUGCUCGGAAGAAUGGGACCCCACUACCAAGCAGAAUCUCGCCUGCGGCGACGAUUCCGACUGCAUCAAUCGUGCCUGCAAGAUGGAAUGUGUCGACGACUGUGGCUGUGGCACUUCAUGCGAGAAUCAGCGAUUUCUUCGCCGCCUGUACGCCGAUGUGUCGGUCAUCAAGACAGAGAAGAAAGGAUAUGGUCUUCGGACCAAUGUCGAUCUUCGGCCUCACGAUUUCAUUUUUGAAUACAUUGGUGAGACCAUUCCCGAGGCUACUUUUCGCAAACGCAUGCUUCAAUAUGAUGACGAGGGCAUCAAACAUUUCUACUUCAUGUCGCUGAGUAAGGGCGAGUUCAUCGAUGCGACCAAGAGGGGCAACCUGGGCCGGUUCUGCAACCACUCUUGCAACCCCAACUGCUACGUCGACAAAUGGGUAGUCGGCGACAAACUUCGCAUGGGUAUUUUUGCCGAAAGGUACGUCAAGGCUGGAGAGGAACUUGUUUUCAACUACAAUGUGGACCGGUAUGGUGCCAACCCCCAGCCUUGCUAUUGUGGCGAAUCCAACUGCACUGGUUUCAUUGGCGGCAAGACUCAAACCGAACGAGCCACCAAGCUCUCUGCUGCCACCAUCGAAGCUCUCGGUAUCGAGGAUGGUGAUUCUUGGGAUACCACGGUGGCCAGACGUCCUCGCAAGAAGAAGGCUACCGAGGAUGAUGAAGAAUACGUUGACAGCCUCGAAGCCAAGUCGCUAGAUGUCGAUGGCGUCACCAAAGUCAUGGCUGCAUUGAUGCAAUGUAAGGAGAAAUGGAUCGCCGUCAAACUCUUGCAGCGGAUACAACGCUGUGUUGAUGACCAGGCAUGGCACAGAGUGGUGCGAUUCCACGGUUACCAGAUCCUUAAUUCUCAGCUCGCUGCAUGGAGGGACGAUGAGAACAUCAUCCUGCAGAUCUUGGACAUUCUCAAUCGACUGCCCCGGCUCACCAGGAACAAAAUCGUGGAUGCGAAGAUUGACAAGACGCUCCAACCAUUGACCACACAUUCCGACGAGAGAGUCGCAGGUCAAGCGUCCGAUCUGCUCGACGCUUGGUCAAAACUUGAAUUGGCCUACCGGAUACCGCGGAAAAAGAGGGAGGCAGCGUCAACUCCUCUCAAGAUCGAAUCGACCCCAUUUGAGCGACGAGAGUCUGCCCAGGAACGCAGACGAUCGAAAUCCAGAUCCAGAUCCCGCUCUCCAACCCCUCCUCGGGGUCCAGUGAAUGCACCUUCAGGCCCCAAGUCAUUACAACGGCCUGGAAAGCUCCUCGGGCGAGCGCCUCCCUCGUUUAAUCGAGCUCCUCCUCCGCUGCCCCGUGGUUGGUUUACGGCCCAGGAUAAGGGAAGAACGUAUUAUUAUUCUGCCAGUGGACAGACGACGUGGUCGAGACCAACGAGACCAGCCGACGAACCGCCUCCUCCACCAAAACAGCCCUCUGAACAAGACGUUCUGAAGAGUAUCAUUGAUACCAUUGUCACCUCUCGCGGGAUGGAAACGAAAAAUUCCACUCCUGACACUCCAGAGCCUACCAAGGUGAAGAAAGAAGAGAGAUGGAAAUCGUAUGACGAAGAGAAGCAGAAGAAGUUGUAUGAAAAUACUCUCUUCCCCCAUAUCUCCCAUGUAAUGAACAAAUACAAACACAAAAUUCCACGUGAUGACCUCAAGCGAUUUGCGAAAGAGAUCGCCAAGAAGCUGGUGGCUUCGGACUACAAGGCUGGCCGGGUGAAAGAUCCCACAAAGAUUGAGGAACGGCAACAGAAGAAGGUCAAGGAGUUCUGUAAGCAAUUCUUCGAAAAGGCAUACCAGAAACAUAAAAAGCACGAAAUGGAGAAAUCGGCCAGAGGGAAAGGCAAGAAAGCUCCGUCGGGUGGUGAGGCUGCUGCAUCGCCCGUCCACUCACCUCACGCUGAUGAUGAAUCUCCCGAAAACGGAGCGGAAGAUGUUAAAAUGUCGGAGGACGAAGAUGCUGAACAGACGGUUGGCGCCGAGACUCCGCUAGACCCGAAUGGCAGCGGAUCACUGAAGCGCAAGCGUUUCGACCGGGACGAGUCAUCAACUCCACGUGAAGAAGACGAGGGCGAACCAGCAGGAUCGCCGAUGAAAAGACUGAAUCUUGACAUUGAGACACCACCUCCGCCACCGCCGCCACCCGCGCCGCCACUAGAAACGCCGCCGGACAGCACGCCCAGGGAAGGCGAAGGAGACGUGGAGAUGGAGACGAACAUCUACUCAGACACCAGCUUCAAGGGCACGAGUAUGGCGGACGUCCUCGCGCAGGCACAGGAAGAGGAUGAGGGAGAUAGCGGGGGAGAUCAGCCGAAACAGGACGGGAUUGGAAGUGGCAUGGAAUUGGACAAUCCUCUGGUCGAUAAACAGGAGCCUGAGGCCACAUUGGUGGACGCAGACAGCUAUAACGAUGGCGACAAAGAUCGGUGA